GGAUGCAGGGCGCAGGCAUCCUGGACGCCAGCACCGCGGCGCAGAGUGGCGUGGGCCUGGCACGAGCACAUUUUGAGAAGCAGCCCCCCUCCAACCUCAGGAAAUCCAACUUCUUCCACUUCGUGUUGGCCAUGUAUGACCGGCAGGGGCAGCCCGUGGAGGUGGAGCGCACGGCCUUUAUCGACUUCGUGGAAAAGGACCGAGAACCUGGGGCUGAAAAGACGAACAACGGGAUCCAUUACCGCCUCCGGCUGGUGUAUAACAAUGGACUUCGGACAGAGCAGGACCUCUAUGUGCGUCUCAUUGACUCCAUGUCCAAGCAGGCCAUCAUCUAUGAGGGGCAGGACAAAAACCCGGAGAUGUGCCGCGUGCUGCUCACCCACGAGAUCAUGUGCAGCCGGUGCUGUGACCGGAAGAGCUGUGGCAACCGGAAUGAGACACCCUCAGACCCCGUCAUUAUUGACAGGUUCUUCCUCAAGUUCUUCCUCAAAUGCAACCAGAACUGCCUGAAGAACGCCGGGAAUCCCCGAGACAUGCGUCGCUUCCAGGUGGUGGUGUCCACGACCGUGAGCGUGGACGGACACGUGCUGGCCGUGUCUGACAACAUGUUUGUGCACAACAACUCCAAGCACGGCCGCAGGGCGCGCCGCCUGGACCCUUCCGAAGCUGCCACCCCCUGCAUAAAGGCCAUCAGCCCGGGGGAGGGCUGGACCACGGGCGGCGCCACCGUCAUUGUCAUCGGCGACAACUUCUUCGACGGCUUGCAGGUCGUGUUCGGGAACGUGCUCGUGUGGAGUGAGCUCAUCACGCCCCACGCCAUCCGGGUGCAGACGCCCCCGCGGCACAUCCCCGGGGUGGUGGAGGUGACCCUGUCCUACAAGUCCAAGCAGUUUUGCAAGGGAGCCCCCGGCCGCUUUGUCUACACAGCCCUGAACGAACCCACCAUUGACUACGGGUUCCAGCGGCUACAGAAAGUCAUUCCCAGGCACCCCGGCGAUCCCGAGAGGCUGCCCAAGCUCUGUUACCUCCAGCCCCGAGAAAGGGUCUCCAGAGCCCCCCAAAAGGCAAGUGUUGGCCCAGGACCUCAGAGGCUCCCAGCCUGCCUCCAGACCCUGCCCUGUAUGGGUCCCCCCAGGACCUUCACAGCCCCCAGUGAGGUCUGGGCCUGGGGUCAGCAGCCCACGCUGCUCACUAUGGUGCUGUCUCCCUGUUGUGUCUCCCACUGCCUUCCCUGCUGCACCUGCCCCUCCCCGCCCCGCCCCGGAGUCAUGCCCUCUAGCCCCCCGCUGGCUGCUGCCUCCUCCAUGUCCCUCCCGGCGGCUGCCCCCACCACCAGCGUCUUCUCCUUCUCACCUGUCAACAUGAUCUCCGCUGUCAAACAGAGGAGCGCCUUUGCCCCCGUGCUGCGUCCACCAACCUCCCCAACCCAGGCCUGCCCCAGAGCCCACGGAGAGGGGCUUCCAGACCAGCCUUUUGAGGAUUCUGAGAAGUUCCACUCUCCAGCCCGGGGGCUUCAGGGCCUGGCAUACUCCUAAUUACGGUCUGCAGGUCUGGCCCCUGCUGGCCCGGACUGGAGGUCCCACCAGGAUUCACACCCAUGCCUUGGAUGGCAGCACAGACAGAUGCAGGGCCAGGGCUGUGGACAGACCUCAACCCAUGGGCCUGAAUGGGGAGAAGACUUCCUCCACAUGCUCCAGGCGCUCCACAGGCUUCUUUCACCUCCCUUUCUUGGGGCUGGUCGAAGCCCCAGCACUGUGCUGAUGCUUUUGGCAGGAGAGCAUCCAGGGAGGUGCUGGGAUGUAGGACUUCACACUCCGGACCGGUUCCUGUGGAAGAGAUGGACUUUGUGCAGACCUGAGGCAUCAGGUGACAGGAGCACAGGAAGUGGACUGUGGGAAAGAGGAUAGCUCAGGGAGAGGUGGCCUGGGAAGAUCCCAUCUCGCUGGGCCAGCGCCCACGUCUCUUUAGGGCAAGGGAGAUGUCCAGCAGCCUCAGAAGGCUUGCCCAGGCUCCCAUGGAGCUUCCGAUGGCCGCUUGGCCCCAUGGCUGCCCCACUCCCAUCGCAGCCUGCACUCUCACACUUGCCACAUCAUGAAUCCCAGUGGGGGCUUCAGGCAUGGCAGUGCAGAAGAGGGGGUGCUAGGCCCCUGAAUUAUGGAUCUUCCUCCCAAGGAUUCUGACCCACACACACAUGACUCUGCUGAUCCCAUAGAACCAUGGAACGGGCCCAGCUGCCCCUGGACUCACACUCUGCUCUGUUGGGGUUGGAGAAAACAGAACAAUAAACACAGAUGCAGGUGGCCACCCGGCCUCUCCUGCCUGCUUC